AUUCUGCUUUCAGAUGCACGGUGAACCAAUCAUAGCGCUCCUAAUAGGAGUGCCCGAAAAACAUAUUGCCCAAUAAAAACUCAACGCUGCCCCAGCAACGCCACUUCUUCGACCAAUCAGAAGCGAGCUUGUAUUACCCCGCCUCCUCACUCUCUAUGGGCGAUGGGCGAUGGGAGUGACCAAAUACUUUCAGCAGUUUGUUUUUCCUUGUGAUCGAAGAGCCUCAUCAGAACCUCGCAUGGUGGUCAUCUGUGAUAGCUGAAGCCAGACCACUCAGUCUUUGCUAAUACAUCGAGGACCACUAUCGAUAUAGUAUAAUGUCAAAUAAUGUUAUGGACCCGAUGGGACACUGCAGCGGUCCUCCUUCUCGACAAUGAGCCACCGAGGCAGCCCGGUCCGAGCCUACGACUUCCUGCUCAAGUUCCUGCUGGUGGGCGACAGUGAUGUGGGCAAGGCCGAGAUCGUGGCGAGCCUGCAGGACGGAGCCAGCGAGUCCCCAUAUGGCCACAACAUGGGCAUCGACUACAAGACCACCACCAUCCUUCUGAACGGCAGGAGAGUCAAACUGCAGCUGUGGGACACAUCUGGUCAGGGACGCUUCUGCACCAUCUUCAGGUCUUAUUCCAGAGGGGCUCAGGGCGUCAUCCUGGUGUACGACAUCACCAACCGCUGGUCCUUUGAUGGAAUCGACCGCUGGAUAAAAGAAAUAGAGGAGCAUGCACCAGGAGUUCCUAAAAUCCUGGUUGGGAACCGCCUCCACCUGGCCUACAAGCGUCAGGUGACCACGGAGCAGGCGCGGGUGUACGCCGAGAAGCUGGACAUCACCUUCUUUGAGGUCAGCCCGCUGUGCAACUUCAACAUCACAGAGUCGUUCACCGAGCUGGCGCGCAUCGUCCUCAUGAGACAUGGCAUGGAGCGCCUGUGGAGGCCCAGCAAAGUGUUGAGUCUUCAGGACCUCUGCUGUCGCGCCAUCGUCUCCUGCACCCCCGUCCACCUGGUAGAUAAGCUCCCGUUACCGCUGGCUCUCAAGUCUCACCUCAAGUCCUUCUCCAUGGCCAGCGGCCUCAACGCCCGCAUGAUGCACGGGCGCUCCUACGCCGUCGCCACCCCCUCCUCCCUCCGCCACGGCGCCGCCAAAAGGUCCGGAGGAACGCUGCUGAAAAAGCCUAAACAGAUCCGUCCUCCGCCUCUCAGCCCGUCUGCGCAGAGCUGCAGAAACAGCUGUAAGAUCUCCUAACAGCUGGAGGGCUGUGUGAUCCACUCAACAACCACCUGAAUACGAACACAUGGAUCAGAAAGUACACAGUGUAAAUACUGAAGUGUACAGGCAGGGUGUUGAGAUGAUGCUUAAAUAAUGCAGUGCUGUGUACAUCCUCCUCGAGAUGCUAUUUAUACAAAACAAACAAAAACACACAGCGUAUGUUUGCACUCCAAUGCAGUAUUUUUGCACAAUGACAUAAUAAAAGGACACUUAAACAUGCGACGAUGGCACCCUUCUUCACUGGUUGUUACUUGUGAUGAAAUUUGUUUUUGUCUACUAAAUUUGUGCAAAUUGUGAAUACUGGCACUUAUGUUGCUUUUUGUCCCAUGUUUCAUGAAGUGCACCUUUAACAAUAAAAACAGACCACUCUGA